CACUCAUUCAUUUAUUUUUCAUUCGACGAAUUUGUCGAACUUUUACGUAUUUUUCUGUGAUGUGAUGACAUAAGUUCAAGAACCGCUAAUUAACAGUUAGUUUAUAAAUUAAAAUAUCAAUUAUGAACAUAAAGAAAACAGAAGAAACCAAUCUUUCAUCUAGAAACAUCGAUGAUACUGAAAGUCCUCGGAAAAAGAUGCGUUUGGAUAGCCAGUGCCGUAGAAGCUGGAGUUUGAUGGACCGGAAAACGGAUCAUGAGGUGUUACAAGAAAUGGGUGUGAGUUUGCUUGAUCCGGAUGAUUCUGAAGUCCUGUGUGAUGCUGGAGCUUCCGGAAUGCCACACAGGGGUAUAAAACGCAAACGUGACAUAGAGAACGUCAACCCGAAUAUCAACUUGAUAUCGUCUCCGCGCGGCAAGUACAGCGAGAAGAGCCCGCGAGCGCGCGCCCCCAGCAGCCCGCACGCAGGGCCCUCGCGCGGCAGGAGUCCGCGCAGCGACACACACAAGCCGCUUCAGCCUACAGACCAGCAGAUCCUAGAAACAACUAUAACAGACGAAUACCUCGUAGAUGAAGAGACUCCGCUCGCCCAGUCGGUGAGCGCGGGCUACCUGCCUUCCUACGAGGCGGUGUCUACCGGUAGUACCGAGAAAUAUAGCAGGACAUGCCCCCCGGCCUCCCCGCCGCGGCCGCUGCCGCCGGGCUGCAGCUCGGGGCGCGACGCCUUCAGCGCGCUGUCGGACGAGAUGCUGCUGAGCGUGUUCCGCUGGCUGCACAAGCGGACCCUCGCCAGCGCCAUGCUGGUCUGCAAGAGGUGGCACAGGGUGGCAUGUGACGAGACCUUAUGGCAGAGAUUAGACUUAGGCAACAAGAACUUAUCCAAAGACGCCCUCGGGAGGAUACUCGCUAGACAACCUGUAAUAGUCAGACUGGCCAGUUCCGAGAUAGGUCCAUGGCACCCUGCCGGGCCGGCCCUGCCCUCCCGGCUGCAGUUCCUGGACCUGAGCAUGGCCAGCAUAGACCUGGAGUCUCUGCAGCAGCUGCUGCUGCGCUGUCCCUCACUGCGCAAGCUCAGCCUCGAGAGCGUGCCGCUGGACCGCGCCUGCUGCCGCGCCAUAGGUCAAUGCAAUAACUUAGAAACAUUAAAUUUAACAAUGGCACAGGGCAUCACAGCUGAAGGAUUAGAAUCAAUACUGGAUGGAUGUCCCGGACUACUCUCUUUGAACAUAUCCUGGUGUAACCUUGACGAGGAAGCACUAGAAGUUCUAGUCACGAAGCUACCGCAGAAGAUACAGCGGCUUAAUAUCGGCGGUGCGAGACUCAUGACAGAUGAAAUUCGCCACUGGUCUGCCACCGCUUCCCUCCCCGUAGCGCUGGAGCGGCUGUCGGGCCGCGGCGCGCGCCUGCUGGAGCUGGACGCGUCGGACUGCGGGCGCCUGACGCCGCGCUGCGUGGCCGCGCUGUGCCGCCUGCCGCGCCUCGAGCACCUCGCGCUCAGCCGCUGCUACCUGCUGCCGCUGCACGCGCUCACGCAGCUAGCAGGCGCGAGCAGGCUGCAACACGUGGACGUGUGGGGCAUGCUCCACGCGCACGCGCUCAGCGCGCUGCGGGCCGCGCUGCCGCACGUGCAGGUCAACUCAUUCAUGUUCAGUGCUAUAGCAAGACCAACGGUGGGGACACGAAGAACAUCAAUUUGGGGCUUACGCACGAGAGACUGAUAUUAAAGAUAUUAAAUUAACAAAAUUAUACCAAGAUACAUAAACUACGUUAUAACUAAGUGCCUCCAUACGUAGGAGACUGUAGUUAUAGUUACCGGCACGGAUCUUGAGCGCUCGGCGGAAGAGUGGGGAUCGCUUUGCGCAUCGGACACUCAUCUAUA